UUUUUUUUACAAUUAACAAACAGUAUUUAUUACUACAUUUAAAAUGGCCUAACACAGUGGAAAAUGUUAUCAGUAAAGUUUACAUCAUGACCAAAGUUUUUGCAUUUUAUUUGGACUUUUCUAAUUAACUCAAGUAUUUAUACAGCAUGCUAAAAAAAAAAAAAAAAAAAAAACAUUGUGCCAGGUUGAAACUAGAACUAUGUACUGUAUAUAAAACUAUAAACUAUGAGAGCUAAAGCAUAAAACAGAUCAAACAUUAAACACUGAACAAGAAUAAACUAAGACAGAUAAAAACAUUAAAAUGUCAGUAAUACAAAUGAACAAUGAAAUAAGCUGGCCUUCACAACUUGCAUAGUUUACGUAUAGGGAGAACAGACAAUGUGUUGCGAAUUUUAGUCACCUUUUGUAUUCUUUGCUUAAAUGGCCUAUUCUUAGACAUCCGAAGCAUAAUCCCAUGGAUUUUUUGAUGAGAUAUUUGCAUGAGUUAAUUGUGUUUUCCAUGAAAAUACAUGAUGCUGCAAAUGCAGUUUUUGAGGCAUUGCCACGACCUGAUGUAGACUAUUGAAGUCGAGUAUUUGAGUAAGUUGCUUGUACUUGUCUUGACCUUGGUGAAACUACUGUGGCAAUGCUGCUGAUUUGUUUUUUUGUUUUUUGUUUUUUUAAUACUGUAUUCUAAUUACCAAUUUAAAUUGUAACUGUAGUGGAAUACAGUUAUUUAUAUUUUGUAUUUUAAAUACAUAAUUCCGUUACAUGCAUUCUGUUACUCCCCAAUGCUGACUGACAGGAAGUCUUAAGGCUGUAACACAGACAGUGUCUUAAACAGUCUGGUAUUAGUAGAUAAGUAUGGGGCUCCGUCUACUUCCACUGGUGCUCUUGAUGAUUUCAAACAUCCAAACUGGACAAACUAAAGAAAGACCAAAAGCCAAAGUGACCAUGUGGCCAGAUCAACAUGUAUACAUUGGAGAAACAGUCAUUCUCAGAUGUGACAUACAGGGUGGAGGAGACACUGAGUGGACAUACAGCUGGACUGUAGAGAAUACCAACAACAGUUACAGAAACACUGUCAAUCAAUGCAAGACACAGGAGUGCAAAAUCAACAGUGUUGAACACACACACAGUGGUAAAUACACCUGUAGUGGAAAAGCAAGAGAUGGACAAAACCCAAAGAUCAGUGAUGCUGUUACACUGACUGUUUUAAAUUGGAAAGCAGUUUUAAGUGUAUCUCCACAGAAGUGGGUGACUGAAGGAGACUCAGUGACUCUGAUCUGUGAGGUUAAAGACUCCUCUACAGACUGGACAUUUAGCUGGUACAAAGAAGAUAACACGUUAAAUUAUAAACUCCUGUCAGACAGCAGCAGAGGAGCUGGAGGAAACUAUACUCUCAGUUCUGCUGCUGUAAAUCACACAGGAGUUUAUAAGUGCAGCGCAGAGAGAGCAGAACCAGCCUAUUACACAGAUCACAGCAACACACAGCUAAUAUGGGUCACUGGUGUCUCUCCUUCAGUCUCUCUGAUCAUCAGUCCCAACAGAACUCAACACUUCUCACAAGACUCUCUCUCUCUGAGCUGUGAGGAUCAGAGUAACUCUACUGGAUGGACAGUGAGAAUAUACACAGACAUUUUGGGGCUGCAUACCUGUUCAUUAUUAUUCUGGGCAUCACAAACAGGAUCUACAUGUAGAAUCAGUCCCGUCUACACUUCUGGCACUGGAGUGUACUGGUGUCAGUCUCAGUCUGGAGAGAAGAGUAAUCCUGUUAAUAUCACAGUACACUAUUGGAAAGCAGUUUUAAGUGUAUCUCCACAGAAGUGGGUGACUGAAGGAGACUCAGUGACUCUGAUCUGUGAGGUUAAAGACUCCUCUACAGACUGGACAUUUAGCUGGUACAAAGAAGAUAAUACGUUAAAUUAUAAACUCCUGUCAGACAGCAGCAGAGGAGCUGGAGGAAACUAUACUCUCAGUUCUGCUGCUGUAAAUCACACAGGAGUUUAUAAGUGCAGAGCAGAGAGAGAAGAAGGACCAGGCAAUAAAACAUACACCAGCAACAUGCAGCUACUAUUGGUCACUGGAGUCUCUCCUUCAGUCUCUCUGAUCAUCAGUCCCAACAGAACUCAACACUUCUCACAAGACUCUCUCUCUCUGAGCUGUGAGGAUCAGAGUAACUCUACUGGAUGGACAGUGAGAACAUACACAGACAUUUGGGGGCUGCAACCCUGUAAAUCAUCACAAACAGGAUCUACAUGUAGAAUCAGUCCCAUCUACACUUCUGACACUGGAGUGUACUGGUGUCUCUCUGAGUCUGGAGAAAAGAGAAAUCCUGUUAAUAUCACUGUACACAAUGGUCGUGUGAUUCUGGAGAGUCCUGUUCAUCCUGUGACUGAAGGAGAUUCUCUGACUCUACGCUGUUUACAUCGAUAUUCAAAUCCCUCAGACCUCACAGCUGAUUUCUAUAAAGAUGGAUCACUCCUCCAGAAGCAGACUACAGGAGAGAUGAUCAUCCAUACUGUCUCAAAGUCACACGAAGGUUUCUACUACUGUAAACACACAGAGAGAGGAGAGUCACCCAAGAGCUGGAUCUCAGUCAGAGCUUCCCCAGUCUCAAGAUCUCUGUCUCAUGGUCUGAUAACUGGAAUGACUGUUGGACUGAGUGUCAUGGUUUUGUUCUUUUUCACACUGAUCCUGCUGUGGUGUUUAAAAAACAACAAAGGUAGAGGAUCUUGGUCGCCCUCUGCUGUCAAUCAACAGAACAUCAGUCAGAUGUCAGAGCAGAAACGGCACGAAGUCACAGCACUGAUGCUACUGCAGUCUGUUAGGGAGUACCAGUAAAAGUGCUGAAGAUGAAAACAGAGGAUCAAGGUGCUGUUUGUGGAUCAAGUGAUGUGACUUUAUUUGCAAACUGUCCUAAAACUUCAAGCUUUUAUUAUUCUUAGUAACUUUACAUUGUUAAAUUCAAGGGAUUAGAAUAAUUUGAUUGCAAUUGUUAUAAAUGAUUGUUUGAUUCUUUCCUACACAUAUUUAAAUGUGCUUUUGUAUGUAAUGUAAUUUUAUGCAUUUAUGUAAGCUUUUCUAAUACCUGAACCUGAUUGCUGUCCUGGCCUGCUCUCCCUUGUAAAAAUAGAUUUAACCAACUUAGUUAAUCAAUCAUAAUCUAUCAUAUCUAGAACAUUUACAACCCGAGGCUGGUGGCAUUUCAGUCAACGCCCGGCUGAAAGAGUUGAGGUUCAAUAACAGGAUGCAGAUAAGUUUAGAGAAUGACCAGGCUCAUCAAAGCUCUAUCAUUUUGUGACACUGACUGAUCUCACCUGAGCUAAGAUGGCAAUAAAUGAUUAAUACUUAAUAUUAGCAACCCCAGUCUACAUGUGCUUCAGGUGCAUGCGAUGUGCUUUGUGCCAUUGUGAGGAUACACUAGUGCAUGUAAAUAGGGAUUAUUGAACACUGAGAGGAGAAACGAGCAUUAUCUACAUAUCAAGCGUGGAAAAACGUGUUAGUCUAAUCAGGUACUGUAGGUACGGUUAGGUACUGUAUUCACAUAGUACAACAGGACAUGGGUGCAAACCUUAAGCAACUGAACUUGACCACUAUGAUCAUCAUUUUCAUUGAACAUUUUACACAUUGAUAAUAAAUAAAUUCUAGUUUCGAGCGACAUGGGGGUGGGUAGAUGACAGAAUUUUCAGUUUGAAGCAAAUUAUUGGCAGAAGUUAAGACUUGAUUGGAUUGACCAAAUUUAUACGUGAAUAUGUGUUUUAUGACAAACAUGUGGCAGGCCAGCAGGGGAAUUAUAAUAAUGGAAAUAGAAUAUUUUUCUUUUUUUUUCUUUUCUCAAAAUCAUUUGUUAAACUUUUUUUUUUUUUUUUUUUACACUUUUCUGUUAUUUUUUUCGGUCAAUUAUUGCCAAAAAACAUGUUUUCAACUUGGGUAUUUAUUUAGGCAUGUCAUGUGAUUAUGUUUGCCUAUUGAAAGUUAUACUAACAAUCCCCUAACAUGGAGAGUGCAACAGGUCCAUGACUAGACUCUGCCAACAUCAGAGGCUGAGCCCAAUGUCCAUUUUAAACAUCAGAGAUUGGAGAUAUGUGACUGGCUAAGUGAUUACAGUUCAAUUCUAGCCCUAAUUUGUCCGCAAUAGGCUGAUACAUUUCAGAAAAAUGUAGGCUAGUUCUUAAAACUUUUAAUCAUUAUUCUACAAUAAUUCACCAUAGUGCACAACACACAUUAGCUCAUCCAAAACUAAUAAAGUCCAAAAUCAAUUUGAUGUUGCUUUAAUACCUAAUAUUGGGGCAAAGGUGUCACAUGGAAUUUAUUAAUUCAAUUCACCUGAGUCCUUUAUAUGCAUUGCAUAUACAAAAAUAAUUAGAUAUUAAUCAAACAAAAAUUUUGACAAGAAAAUAACACUCACUGCUCUUGGCUGGAUACAUUUUACAAGCCAUAUAAAAUAAAACAUUAAAGGAAUAUUCUGGGUUCAAUCAAAAAAAGUUAAGCUCACUUAACAAUAUUUAUGACAAAAUGUCGAUUACCACAAAAAUAAAUGUCAAGUUAUCACUUUUCCUUAAGGUGGCACGGAGUAUGUUUUUGCUAAUUAAAAAUGUUUUACACAAAGACAUGAAUAGCAUUUUUUAGAAAUACAGUAUGUUGAAAAUGAUGUACAUUAACAUUAGAUGGAAACUCCAGUCAUAUCAGUAACCAAAUAAAAGCUGUUUAAUUUUACAUGGAGCGGGUCGCCCCCUAAUGGGUGCUGCCAUGUUGACAACACAAGACAACCUGUGUCAUGCAAUUGACUGAGUUACUACCACUAAUAAUGACUAUAAUAACAUGUCAGCCCAUGAUUGAACAUUAAAUACAUGUAAACAAAACAAGCAAAUCAAACAAUAAAGCAACAAACACAAUAUACUUACUACAAACAACAACGGUGCCCAAGUCAACAGUACAGUCCAGAGUGAUGGUAUUAAACAACAUGACUGUGAUCUACCAGAGAGUCUGAACAGAAUGAGUGCAAGUGGGAAGAUAAAAUGUACAAACAAGAGGUCCCUGCUGGAGUGCUGAAACAAACUAUUAUGACCUGCAACUCAUGGAGCAGAUCACGGAUAAACGCGCAACAUCAAACGGCAAGUGCGAGCACAAGGCAGUGUUCAGCAGGGCAGAGAGCUUGUGACUUGCGGCUGCACGGUUACAGUUUUGCGCACAACAAUGCAUGAAAAAUCAUCUGGAUUAAAGCCAAGAAUGUUCAUAAUAGGGAUGUGUGUAGAGACGGAGAAAAACAAACUAAGUAAUAAAACAGAAGAUAAACAUCUUUAAUGUAAAGUGGUAGUAAACAAACUUCCAGUAUCCAGGAAGUUAUGUGUCAUUAUAGAGUCGAAAACCACAAGUAAACCUGGGGCCGAUGGGAGGAGUAAGAGACAGCUAAAAUCAUAUUUAGUGCACCUUUAAAAAAAGCAAAAAUCUAGGUAACUGCUGCCAGUGCAUAAACAUUGAAAUAGUGAAGAGUGAAGGGUGCGGCUAGGGUCAUCCCGCAUUUAAAGAUGUCACGUUUCAGAAAAGCAAGUAGGACACUCAAAAUGCAGCCUUCAAAUGCAACCUUUCAUAGGAUACAGGAGGUGUU